AUGUUUUAACAAAAAGAGUUCGAUUAUUCAUAAACUCCAGAAGUGUAAUAAUUAUACUAAGAAUUUGUUGAUGCUUUUGAAGAAAAACUAAUUGUAGAAGACUUUAUUCCAGUAGUUGAAGCUGCUUGUGGAGAAUAAUGUUCCUUAUUAUUAAAAAAAUUACAAAGAAGGAAAAAUUAGAAAUUAGAUUAAGAUGAAUUUUCAUAGCAAUUUAACUUUGAAUUGUCUGAACCAGAAAACUUUGAUUGCAUUUAUGAAGUCUUAGAAUAAGGUAAAGGGAAAAUCACUUUUGAAGGAUUAAAAGCAGCCAAUUAGAAAUACAAAUUUGGAUUGACUGAUUAAGAUAUGAAGAUUAUGAUAUAAUAUACUAAUGUUAAGGAUCAACCUAUUACUAAAUCAGUAUUUAGACAAAUGAUAUCAUGA